UAACAAACGACUAACAAUCGAUUCGUAAAAAAAAAAAAUGUCGUAAGUCGAAAUUGUCCGGCUAACUUCUAUGAGGUGCACUUGGAGUGUAACGUUCGGAGCAUUUGGUACCGCUUAUUGGACCGCAGCCUAUAUGAGAGGACAUUGACACAGGAAAAACAUGAGGUCUGUUUUUUUUUUUAUAGCUGAGCUAGUGUAACACACAUACAUUUUCUAUACUUGUGACUUGUGACUUCUGUACUGAGUGAAAUAGGCAUAUGUUUGAAUUUGGUGAAAGCGAGAAGGGAAGUUCUAAUGCAGUUCGGUGCAGCAAUAAAUAACAAACUUAUGGUAUCGCUUGAUGGGAAAUCUGAACCAGGUGAUGGACUGAUGCGAUGGUGCGGUAACAAAAAAUCAGCUAUUGAUCAUGCUCACGUUAGAAGAAUAAGGGAUACAAAUUAAAUGCCCUUGUUACGCAAGGUGCUGCUGAGGUUGACCGUCCUUGCGUUACUCUUGGUUGCCCUAUAUUGCUAUCAGACAUCCGAUGGAGGACGCUGGGUCUUGUUCAGCCCGCAAACAAGAAACAGAAGCUUGGCAAACCUUACGGCUGCCUCAGCAGCUACUGCUUAUUCCAUCAAUUAUUUGUCUUCAACAGCAAGCAUUAAGCCACGAAAUCAGACGAAUUAUUAUAACAUAUGGUGCAUUUUUACCAAGGUUGCCUCGAACUCGCCUAUGAGACGUAAGUUCCAAAUAUUCACGGACUCCUUGCUCAGAUUCGCCUCUGUGGAUAUUGCCUUCCAUGUGAUAAUUGAUGAUGACAGUCGAGACAUAGCUGCGAUUGUUAUCCAAAAUGUUAUGGCCAGCACUGGAAAAUUUAUGGAAGUAUGUUCUUGUAUGAUCUUUCUUAUUUUUAACAAAUUAAAACAAAUAGGUCCUUAUGAGUAUAUUGCAUUGUCAUUAAAAUAUUUGUAUAAUUUCCCGAGAAAAAAAAUAGGUAUAAUAAUGUGGGCAUAAUAUGGUCAGAUGUAAAAAUAUAUUAUUAGAUAUGAAAAGAUUUAAUUUUAUAUGAAUUUUAUAUGAUUAUAUAUAAUCAGAUCCAAAAUUUGGUGUGGUAUGAUCAAAUCUUUAUGUAAUCAUAUUCGACUUUAUCUUAUUAUAUAUGACAACAGAUCCGGUUGAAUAUAAGUUCAG